AUGACAAAACCAAAAAGGCGAAAUCAGCCUUCGACUGCAUUCGAUCCGUCGUCGUCGUCUUCAUCAUCUUUGCUGGGUGAUGAUGGCGAGCAUGAUCAACAGGAGGACGACGAUCGGAGAAGAUUAGUUUCCCAUCAUGACGAUCAUGAUGAUGAUGAUGAGUAUUACCAUUCCCAACAACAAACACAUCAACCCAUCAUGAUGAUGAUGAUGGAAGAAUUGCAUCAUCAUAGUGAUGAAAAUACUGUGUCAUUGAAUGUAUUACCACAGGAAGAACAUUUUGCGACUUUACCACCAAUGAGGAAUGAAAAUAAUCAUCAUUCUCAGCAACACACAGAACAACAUUGGAAUGUUGCAACUUUAAAAUCCAAAAUAAUUCAACCCUUGAUAGGCUUGUUGUAUAAAAAGAUCAUGCUGUUGCGAAGAGAUUUGAGGAAUUUCGUCAUGGUGAUUGGUUUCCCAUUGCUUUUUAUUGGAUUAGUGACCAUGACCCAUAUUUCGUAUGCCUCUUUAUUUAAUAAUUCAAUCAAUCCUUAUCAAGUUGGGACAAACGAGUAUUAUCAAUGGUUUUUGGAUAACACGCCUAUUAUUUCUCUCAGCCAUAUGAACGCUCCAACGAGAAAUUCGAAUAAUGUGAAACCUUUUUCCACACAGAGAAAUUCUGAAAGUAACAAUGAUUACAAAAUUGCUUUACUGUUUCGUGGAAUGAAUAUUUCCUCUACUUAUGGUGCCGAAGUGUCACAAAAUAUUCAAAUGAGAUUAUCGUAUUCAAUGAGUUUUUAUGUGGAUAUCGAAGUGUUUACAUCACGAGAGGAGAUGAAUGCGAAAAUAGCCAAUGACACCUCUUUUGUAGGAGGAUAUGAAUUUGAAAAAUUAGAUUUUGAUAAUGCCCUAUUUAAUGUGACGGUGUUGUACAACAAUGAUUAUAAGGAGACACUUCCUCAACUUACUCAGUUGAUAGAGCAAACAAUUAUUGAUAUUCUUUAUUAUGGAAAUGUAAAUACCAACAACAACCCUAGAGUACAAAGCUUAUUUCCAAAUAUUGGAAUUCAGCACAUCACUUUUGGAAACCAAAUAACCUAUCUAUUUCUUGAAAAUUCAAUUUUUUAUUUAAUAAUGCCACUAAUACUCCUAAUGCCUCAUUUUGUCACCGGAGUGGUGAGUGAGGAAGAAAAAGAAACAAAAAUUCAGUUGCUAUUGAGUUCUGUCUCAAAAAAGUUGUAUUGGAUGUCUCACUUUAUUUUUGAUUUUAGUUUAUUUUCCAUUAUUGCAGCUGCACAAACCCUGAGCAUGACAUUCAUUGCUGCUGCUCCUGCUUUUGUUGACAACUCGAUUUUUGCUGUACUAGCAGUAUAUACGAGCUAUACCUUUUAUUUUAUUACAUUUAGUUACAUAUUUAGUUUUAUAUUUAGUAAGGUGGAAGAUGCUCAAAAGUGGACAUCAUUUAUCAUCUCGGCCUGCAUCCUCUUCAUCUUUCUUGUAUUCAGGUAUCUCUUUAAGUUUGAGAUGAACACUUUACUGAAAUUUGCACUCUGCCUCGUGCUACCUUCUUGGAAUUUCUUUUAUGCUCUUUCAAUAUUGGGUCUUGCUGUAGAUCGUGGAGAACCUGUUUCACUCUUAGAAAUGUUGCAAUUUAGAGGAAAUUCUGGAGAAUUGAUGGGCGUUUUACUUUUCAUGUGGAUCCAAAUAUUUAGUCAUGUGUUUUUAAUGCUUUUCUUGGAGUACUUGGAUUACUUGAGAAAAAAACCAAACUCUUGGCUCUCUCGAAUGCUGCCCUUCAAUUUCGCACGAAAACUUUUCAAAAUAGAAUCAACGCCACAAAAAACUACUUUGACCCUAAACGAGAAUGAAUUUGAAAUGCAAAACCAAGAUACUUUGGAGAACCCUGCAGGUCUACUGAUUGGUUCUUCACACCAAUCCAUCGACGUUGAAGAGGAAGCAUACGAAGAUCCAUCCAAUUACGUUUUGCAAUUUCACAACGUUCACAAAUGGUAUGGAGAUUAUCAUGUUCUUCGAGGUGUGAAUUUUGGUGUGAAACGUGGCGAAGUUCUUGGGCUCUUGGGAAAAAACGGAGCUUCAAAAACAACUCUUCUUAAAACCAUUUGUUCUAUCACUGGUAUUGGUAAUGGUCAGAUUACCAUUAACGGAUCCAAUGUUUUUGAACAGUUUGGAUCUCCAACCAAUCUUGGCGUGUGUCCUCAAAACAAUAGACUCUACGAAAAUCUAACAGUAGCAGAACAUGUUCAAAUUUAUCAUUUCAUUCGAGGCAAUUACUCGAAUCAAAAUGUACGCCAAACAUUGGAGAGAUUUAAAUUCGCACCUGACGAUUACGGUAAGGCAGUGAAAGAGCUGAGUGGAGGAAUGAAACGAAAAUUAUCUGUAGCUCUUGCAUUAAUAGGGGAACCUCCUGUCAUUCUGUUAGAUGAGCCAACUUCCUCCAUGGAUGUCUUCACACGAAGACAUCUAUGGUCUCUCAUUCAUGAAAUUCGAGCAAAUCAUUCCAUAAUUUUAACGUCACACUCAAUGGACGAAAUGGAGGAACUCAGUGAUCGAAUUGGUAUCAUGGUCGAAGGAUCCUUAGCUGCAAUUGGAACUAAAACUUUUCUCAAAGAACGAUUUGGAAAAUUCUAUCGAGUCGUCAUUACCAGUGAGAGUGAUCAAGAACAAGAUUUGACAAAUAUUGAAAAAACCAUUCUCGAAAGUUUUAAGGAAGAAUCAAGUAAUUCCAUUACGCGUGUGUCUGUGAACACCAAUAAUGGCAGUAGAAGUAAUGACAAUAACAACACGGAUGAGUCACAACAACAACAACAGCAACAACAACAUCUCGUGAAAUUAUUGAAUCGAGUGGGUCGAACAUUAUUUUUUGAAAUUGACAACUCUGUUCCUGUCUAUGAAGUAUUUGAAAAAAUUGGUCAAUUCGCUCUCACACUUCAUUUCGAUUAUUCAAUUUCACAGUCCACACUGGAACAAGUAUUUUUGAACUUUUCAAACAACAACCACCAUCAACAUGACAACUCUCAAAAAAGGUAG